UCCUCUCUGUAACUCUGUUUUUGUCCUGUUUCUCUUAUUUCUCUUUGUUUCUCUCUUGUUUCCCAGAUUAAAUGCUUACCCUUUUGGUCUAAUGAGGGGAUGAUUUUCCAUUUUUGACCCAGACCUCUUUUUGUGAUCUGGGUCAAUCCUGGUUUCGAGCUAAAUGGGUUGCAUUACCUCCAAACACGGUGGCUCUAUUGUGGCAGCUUCCCCUGUUUCAGUGGUUCACAACAAUAGCCACGGUUUGAUAUUUGCUUCUUCAUCAUCAUCAAAACAACAAUCUGGGAGGUUAGAGAGUAAUAGAGAUGAUAAGAAAUUGGAUGAUAAUGGUAAAACUAUUAACCAUCAUCAUCGAAAGAGUGGCCGCGAGUUGAGGAAAUCGAAGAGGGGGAGUUCUAGUAGGAAGAGCGGCUCUUUUAGCCUGAAAUUGGGCUUUUCACAUAGGUUUGUGGAGGCUGAACAGGUCGCAGCCGGGUGGCCUGCUUGGCUCAGCUCAGCUGCUGGUGAAGCUGUACAUGGUUGGGUGCCUUUGCAGGCUGAUGCUUUUGAGAAACUAGACAAGAUUGGACAAGGUACAUAUAGUAGCGUAUUCCAGGCACGCGAAGUUGAAACUGGGAGGAUGGUUGCCUUGAAGAAGGUGCGGUUCGACAACUUUCAACCAGAAAGCAUUAGGUUCAUGGCAAGAGAAAUAACAAUUCUUCGCAGGCUUGACCAUCCAAAUAUCAUGAAAUUGGACGGGGUAAUCACAUCUCGGUUUUCAAGUACUGUAUACCUUGUGUUUGAGUACAUGGAGCAUGAUCUUGCUGGACUAUCUUCUUGUCCUGAUAUCAAGUUCAGUGAAGCACAGGUGAAGUGCUAUAUGAAGCAGCUAUUAUCAGGACUUGAGCAUUGCCAUUUGCGAGGUAUAAUGCAUCGAGACAUUAAGGCAUCUAACAUUUUGGUAAACAAUGAAGGAGUUCUGAAAUUGGGGGAUUUCGGAUUGGCAAACAUCCUUACUUCGAGGAACAGGCAACAAUUGACUAGUCGAGUAGUCACUUUAUGGUAUCGCCCUCCUGAACUUUUGAUGGGAUCAACAAGUUACGAUGUCUCGGUGGAUCUGUGGAGUGUAGGCUGUGUUUUUGCCGAACUUCUUAUGGGAAAGCCUAUCCUUAAAGGGCGAACUGAGGUUGAACAACUGCAUAAAAUCUUUAAGCUUUGUGGUUCCCCUCCUGAUGAUUAUUGGAAAAAGACUCGGCUUCCUCAUUCAACCAUGUUUAAACCUCAGCAUCCUUACGAAAGCUGUCUUCGCGAAAGGUGUAAAGAUAUUCCCGCAAUUGCAAUGAACUUGUUAGAAGCUCUUCUUUCCGUAGAACCCCACAAGCGUGGGACUGCCUCUUCAUCGCUAAUGUCUGAGUAUUUCCACACAAAGCCCUACGCCUGUGAUCCGUCAAGCUUGCCAAAGUAUUCACCUAAUAAAGAAAUUGAUGCUAAACAGCGUGAUGAAUUACGAAGGAAGAAGGCUGGAUCUAGAACCCGAGAAUCUGGAGUAUCCAAGAAAACAAGAAGAUCUCGUAAAGCUUUGCAGGAACCCAACAAUUUCAGUAAAACAGCGCCAAAAGAGGAACCGCGAGACAAUACUCAGUUUGCUAGUAAGAACCAUGGUUUGACUGCGAACAAUCUCAAGGGGAGAGAAGGGGCUGCUCAUAAAGGGCAGCUGAAUUCAUCCUUCUUCGAUACAAGGUCAGAGACUUCUCAAGUAACAACUGUAUCUCAGGGUGACAUUUUCACAGCUCCACCACCAGUCACGGGAUCAAGCAGCUUUUCCUGGGCGAAGCGAAAAGAUUCUACAUCUACACUGUCAUACAACCAGCCUUCUUCAAUUAGUCAACUUAGUGAUGCAGAUUCAUCCAGCUUCACCUUUUCAAAUAGUGCUUUUAAACUAACAAAAGAAGAGACUCAAGAUGUUCCUCAAGGUGUUUAUGAUUAUUGGAGGGAGCAGAAGCAGCAGCAAAACGGAUUGAAUAGGCAUGGAUUCUUUUAUGUAAAUGAUCAGCAGGUGCAAAGCAAGUUUGAUAGGUCAGAUGUUUUUCAUGCAAGUGAUGUACCCCAAUCUCAUGAUUACUCAAUGGCGUUUCAUCAAGAAACUGCAAUAAACAAUGACAUGGUGAAAAUUGAUUAUUCAGGACCAUUAGUAACAGAAUCAUAUAACGUCGAUGAACUCCUGCAAAGGAAUGAAAGCCAUAUCAGGCAAGUUGCGCGAAGAUCAAGGUUUCACAGAGCAGAGAAAUGAUGCAAGGCUUGUUUCCAUGAGUGGAAAAUCCUGAAAUAGAUAACAGGCAAUCAAUUGUACAGGCUUACAAGCAAGCAAACCUUGAAAACAAUUCACUUGAGCUCAAACAACACAGUUUCGGUGCCUACCUUUGCCUUUUAGCCCGCAUUCUGUGCUACUGAAAUCAAUUGUAUCAAAACAAAGAUUGCAGAACGUAUACGGAAAAUACAGAGCGAUGAUUUCGCAUACUUUGAGUAGGUGAAGAAAAUUACAAUGGGAAAUCUCAACCUCGGCAUCGCAAUUUGUGAGGUGUAA